GGCCAGGAGGGAGGAGCCGGGACCAUGUGGCUGCCCCCAGCUCUGCUCCUUCUCAGCCUCCCAGGCUGCUUCGUCAUCCAGGGCCCGGGGACAGUGACCGCGGUGGAGCAGGGGUCGAUGACGGUGCAGUGCCACUACCGCCCGGGCUGGGAGAGCUACAGCAAGUGGUGGUGCCGAGGACGGAUCUGGAGCUUCUGCCAGGUGCUUGUCCAGACCAGCGGGACGGAGCAGGAGGAGAGGAGCGGCCGCGUGUCCAUCAGGGACAAUCACAGAGACCGCUCCAUCACGGUGACCAUGGAAGGGCUCAGGCAGGACGACGCGGACACUUACUGGUGUGGCAUUAAGAGAGUCGGGACUGACCGCGGGACACAAGUGAAGGUGACCAUUGACCCAGGUGAGAACUCUGUCCCGCCAGCGGGAAGCACCAACCUGCCAGCAAUCCCGUCUACCAAAUCCCCUGCCAGGCCAACUGCCACCAGCAACAUGGGGCCAGCCUCUGGCUCCUAUAACAGGGGCCACUAUCUGCUGCUGGUAUUUGUGAAGGUGCCCGUCCUGCUCGUCUUGGCCAGCGUUGUCCUCUGGCUGAAGGGCUCCCAGAGGGUCUUGGAGGAGUUGCGGACCCUGGCUGCCCUUGGGAAUACACGUUCUCCACUGCCCACUGACCACGCGGGCCCUUAG